AUGGCUCAGAGGACAGUAUUUAACUGUAAUGUGAAAGUAGGAAACUGGAAUGAGGAGCUGCAACGGAAAGAGGAGUCAAAGAAAGUGUAUCUGGACAAAAGGGAAAGAGGCGAGCUUGCUGCUCAGAAAAUAGACUUCCUCAAACAGAACAUUCUCGGAACGGUGAAUCUCUCGCUGACAACUGAUGGACAGGUGCACUUUGGGGACUUUGUUAUGUUGGUGAACAUGGGAGGAGAAAACAGGGAGUGCAGCUCAGUCAGCAUUAACGCUGGUGUUAACAACUUGAUAAGGAUUCCUUCGCCUGGCAUUAAGAGCCCCUGUGGAGUCAGUGCAGGAAGAGGGAUCCUGCCCUGUAGGCGCACUGCCUUCAUCAUCACCAGUGUAGACGGCAGCCCUGAAGGAUCGACUCUGCUCUAUGAUCAAAGUUUUUCCCUGACAACUACAAGGGGCUUUGCCAGAGGACUUUACUUGACAAGUGAUAUAAAAAGUUUCCAAAAGUGUGCAAAGAUUUCCCGUCUGCAAGAGGUUACUUUGGAGGAAGAGGUCUCCUUUCUGUCAUGGUGGAAGGUUGUGCACUUUGACCCACAGGAGAGGCUUGAAUAUGAGGGUCAGCCUGUCCCUGCUGAUGUGAAGGUGGUGAUCAGACACUGCAAGACGAACCAGGCUCUUGCUGUUAUGGGUGAUCACAUGCUUUGGACCUUAUAUGGCAAGGAGUACGAGGUGACAGCUCACACCUUCUUGGACUCCCACAAAGCCGAGGAGGACAAAAACCACUGGAUACUGUGCAACCCUGACCCUGCAGGAUCGGAGCUUGUGCCUCUGGACCAACCAGAGUCAGCGUGUGACAACAAGGAGCCCACGCAGGGGAACACAGACGGAAUCUGA